AUGGAGGUGUCCGACGGCAGCAACAACAGCAUAGAGAUGGAAAGGGAGCGGCUACUUGCCGAGGUCGCGAUAUCCGAGGACUCCUCGUCGGUGGUCAUCAAAAUCCGUCGGAGGCUCCCCGAUUUCCUCCAGUCGGUGAAGCUCAAGUACGUGAAGCUCGGGUACGGCUACUCGUGCAACCCGGCCACCGCACUCCUCCUCCUCGCCGGCCUGCCGCUGUUCGCCGCCACGUGCGUGCAGCUCACGCGCCUGGUCUUCCGGCUCGACGUCCCAGCCCUCUUCUCCGACAACUACCUGCGCGUGGCCCAGACGGCCCUCCUCCUGGACACCGCCACCGUCCUCGUCGGCUCCCUCGCCCUCAUCUUCCUCCUCGCCGUAUACUGGGCCAAGAAGCCCCGCCCCGUCUACUUACUCGACUUCGCCUGCUACAAGCCCGAGGACGAGAGGAAGCUCUCCGUCGAGGGGUUCCUCAAGAUGACCGAGCGGACCGGCGGAUUUGAGGAAGAGUCGGAUCGGGCCCGGGCCAAGUACGAGCUCUCCCAGACCGUCCGGACACACCGCGGGGCUGACCCAGGCAGCUACGGGUGCGUGUACCAGCGGGAGGACGAUAGCGGGCUCGUGGGGGUCAGCCUGGCCCGUGGGCUCAUGGCAGUGGCUGGGGACGCCCUCAAGACCAACAUAACGACCCUGGGCCCGCUCGUCCUCCCGUGGUCCGAGCAGUUGACAUUCUUGCUCACCUUGGUGAGGAGGAAGGUGGUGGGGGCUCGUGUGAGGCCGUACAUACCGGACUUCAGGCUUGCGUUUGAGCACUUCUGUGUGCACGCAGGCGGGCGGGCAGUGCUUGAUGCCAUCCAAGAGAAUCUUGGCCUGAGCGAGCGGGACAUGGAGCCUUCAAGGAUGACUCUGCACAGGUUUGGGAACACGUCGAGCAGCUCGUUGUGGUACGAGCUGGCGUAUGUGGAGGCCAAGGGACGGGUGGGGAAGGGGGACCGGGUGUGGCAGAUUGCUUUUGGGUCGGGCUUCAAGUGUAAUAGUGCGGUUUGGAGGGCGAUGAGGAGGAUUCCCGAGAAAGAGUGUGAAGGAAACCCGUGGUUCGACUGCGUGGAUAAGUACCCGGUUGAGGUGCAGCAGGCGUGA